AUGGUCCUACGGUGCUUUGGCCACGCCCACCAGUGCCGGCCGCAAGGUGCGGCCGUGAAGCUUGUAGCCCACUUUGGUCACCACGGCGACACUGCCGGGCUCCUUGCCCUCGAUGGGGGCGUGGAAGAGCGCCUCGUGCUCGUACGGAUCGAACUUCUGGCCUUCCGGGUUGAGCUUGACCAGGCCGUGCUUGGUGAACACCUUCUGGAUCUGGAUCUCGGUCAUCACCAGGCCGUCGUACAGGUUCUUCAAGUGGGGGUUCUGGCUCGUCACCUCCUCUUUGGGCACGCUCUCCGUGGCCUUCUCCAGGAUGUCGGCCACCUCCAACAGGUCCUUGCAGAAGCCCUGGAUCCCUGGAGAGGAAGAGAUCCGGGUUUUCACAUGACAACGUUUACAGACGGUCACUGGCUCUUCUCCUCCAUCAGGGCUUUCUCCCCCGCGCUGUGCUCCGGCUUUUCCGACUCCUCCGGUCCCGGGCCAUUCUUCUGCUGGGUGGCCGUGCACAGCAGUCUUGGAGACACUCUGGGUAAUGCUAUGUAUACAUAUCUAUCUUCCACGCGCAUCAGCAGUAUCUCCAUCAGUCUCCGCGGCACGGGCACUACUACUACGGCGCAAAGCAUGGCACCUUUGCGCCACGACGAACCGCUCUCCGCCGCGACGCAACUCUGCGUCCUUCUGCUGACCGCCUCGGCCUGGAUGGCACCGCUGCCGGGACCCGUGCGCGGCGACAGCGGGGGGGCUUUAAACCGGCGCGCCGGGGAGGAUGUUACGCUCAACACGGGCGGCGGAGGGAGAGGCUCCCCGCCGCCGGGCUCGCGGACGGGGGGCUCUACACCCCCCCCUCUCCUCCGCCUCAGGAGAGCCUCGUCCUGGGAUAAACAGCUGUCCCUGCUCAGCAGCUCGUUCGUGCUCAAGGGAGACGCGACCCACAACCAGGCGAUGGUCCACUGGACAGGAGAGAACAGCAGCCUAGAAAAUGAGUCCGCGGGGAUCCUUGCGCUGGAGCACAGCCUGCCAGUUGGAUCUCCUCGGCAAUUAACACGGCGUGGGGGGGGGGGGCGGGCGCCAAAAGGUCGACGGGACCCGGUUCAUCCCGGCCUAAUAAACACGGGCCAACGCUUCUCCGAAAUUCCCAAAAGACCGGCGUCACCCGGUCCGGCUGGGCAACCAACCACCAGUGGAAACACGACAGGGCGUCUCCAGGACAUUGUCAAAACGGGCUCCGGGCUUCCUGUCACGGAUGAGCGGCCUCUGUCCCGCACUGAUGCUCGUGACGAGCCCCUUGCUCCAGGAUCUGUAAAAGCUAAAAAGGUCAACUUCAUGGCAAGCGGACUGGAGCAGCCUCUAAGUUCAGGCAUGAUCACAUGA